AUGCUAGGAAAACAAGCCUGGAGGUUAGUCACGAAUGAGCACUCUCUUGUUAGUCGGGUUUACAAAGCCCGAUAUUACUCACAUGGUUCGUUUUUGAUUGCUUCUCUUGUUCCGAAUCCUAGAUUUAUUUGGAAAAGCAUCUUCGAAACACAAGCUUUGAUCAAGCAAGGUGCUCGUCAGGUUGUUGGUCCAGGUACGAAUAUUAUAAGUGUUCAGUUUGACCCUUGGCUCAAAAAUGUCUCUCAUCCGUGGGUUACCACUACUGCUAAUGGAAUGGAGCAUUGGAAGGCUAACAAUCUCAUGGUGCCGGGCGAAAGAACAUGGGAUUUGAAAGUAGUUUCUGAUAUUUUCAAUGAAAGAGAUAAGGAGCUAAUUUUAAAGACCACUAUUGAUCAGGAGGCUAGUAUUGAUACUUGGUAUUGGCAUUUGGAUCUUCAUGGUGCUUACACUAUGAAGGAGGCGUAUCAUUUGAUGCACCUUGCUGAUGUUACUAAUACUAGUGACUUUGAGAUGAAGAUUUGGAAAAUUGCUUGGAAGCUACAUGUCCCUCCAAAAGUACACCAACUUAUGUGGCUUGCUCUGACUGGUUGUUUGGCCACAAAAAUUCAAGUUACUACCAAGCAUAUCCCUCUUGACCAAAUGUGUCCUAUGUGUAACCAAAUGCAGAGACCAUCAUCCAUUUAUUGGUGCAAUGCCCCUUUGCAAGUUCAAGCUGGCAGAGGUCGAUAUUAA